GUCGUACGAAGAGUAUCCCGAAGAAAGACUGAAAAAGUGUACCCAGCAGCAGAACUGCGAGAGAGUGUCCAUUAUUCUUUUCGACAAACCUCCUUCGUUUUUGUUUUCCAUUAUUUUGUCGCGCAAAUAGUUCGAUUAGAUUCGAUCCGGCAUGAGUGGAAGUGUGUAGUUCCGGUGCGGUACAAGUGCGAGAAUGAUGUAAACUAGCGAAACCGGCUUUUUUCGGCUUUGCAAUCGGUGCAAAACGCAAUCUUAUAAUCGUCAAAAGGGAGGGUAGCCCUUCGCGAAAAGACGGGACAGGAUCUUCACACUUCUUAUGGCAAGAGGGAGAGCAAUGUGGAAGAACCAAGCCCACUUGUGCUUUCUGGUUGUUUGUGUUUACUUGCUGAGCCAUCGAAUCAGCGAAAUCGACGCUGCCGUUAGUAAAGUUGAGCCGCGAUAUUUCCUGGCAGGCCGCAAUGGAACACUGGCAUGUAAAUUUACCGGUGCGGAGAAUCCAACGUGGCGAAAGAAUGGGAAAAACCUAACCGACAGCAGCGCCAAAAUCACCUUCAUGAUCGUCGACACUGACGAAGACGUAGUGAAGGUCGCCGACGGCGACGAUGGUAAACCACCGGACGAAAAUCCAGCUACAACGGCAGUACCACCAGACGAUGCCCAGAUCGCUGCCACCGUCAUUUCCACCCUGACGAUACACAAUUUUACGAAGGCAGACACGGGUAACUACACCUGCCACAGCCCAUCAGAGGACAAGGGAUCGAAAGGACUGCUCGCGAGUUACUCCGUCCGGGAAGUGCUGCUACCAAAGAUUACUGCCACUAGUCCGGAACGGACCAAGACCAAGCAGGAGCGAAAGAUCGAACUGUACUGUGUGAUACGAAUGUACCCGUUGGAUUAUUUUAACAAUUCGAUACAAUGGUUCAAGGAAGACGAUACCACCGAGAAUAAUUUUAUGAAAAAUACAACCGUGAGGGUACUGAAUGGGACACACGUGAAUGUAACACUUACGAUAGCAGAUGUAAGCAAAACGCACAACGGAACGUACUCCUGCAAUGUUGGACCAUCUGCAAUGCUUGACGACAACACCGCAAUAGAUAGAAAAUCAAUGGCUCUGUUGGUGUUGGACAAACCGCAGGUCACGAUCGACUACGCCAAAGCUGUUGGAGCAAGCAAGAUCUAUCUAAAUUGGACGGUCAACGAUGGAAAUGAUCCAGUCAAACAUUAUAUGGCACAGUUUAUGAAGAAAGACCACUCCACAUUUACCUACUAUGCUAAUCGAAUCGACGGACGAAAUAGUUCUUUCGUGUUAGAAAACUUUGACCCCGGCACAGAUUAUGAGAUUAAGUUAACGGCUCAGAACAUGCAGGGAAGUGGUCAACCAUCGCCAGCGGUUAAAGUUCGAACUUUAGAUCAUGAUCCUAGUUUUACGCCCAUAGUCGAAGUAAAGGGCAAUACCCAUUCGACCAUUACGAUAGGAUGGGCACCGCCCCCAGCUGAUCUGCUAGAGUACAUCCAGUACUACGAUUUGACGGUUUCAGUCGCUGGAGAAAAUUCUUCCAAAUGGGAGACCUACUACCCCCAAAAUAGUCGAAAUCUUCCAUAUAUGUUUGAUAAUCUAGACACUGCCACUGAGUAUAGCUUCCGAGUACGAGCUUGCAGCGAGCUGGCAAAGGCAUGUGGAAACUGGUCCGAGGAAGUUAAUGGAACCACUAGUGAUGGUUUAUCCUCGGAACCAAUGAAUCUUAACAUCAGCUGCUUGCAUUACAAUAUAUCCCGUCGUAACACGGUUCGCAUCCAUUGGGAUCAACCGAAAAAAACAAACGGCAAAAUUGUUUCUUAUCAAGUUAUUUUGGAUGGAUUGUCACAGUAUCGGAGCGAACAUGGUACCCUGAAGAACGAAACUUGGGGACCGAAAAUCAAGAACGUCCAACCGCAGUUCACGAAAACCGAGUACGAUGGCAUUCCACCGAACACGAACUAUACUGUUCGAGUAGCAGCAGUAACCCGCACGAAACGACCCGGAGUCAUGGCAAGUGCUACCUGCACGAUGCCGGCUACGACUCCGGAUAACAUUGGUCGUUUGAUGUGGGGUAAGCUACGCACCGAGGACAAUCAGUGGAUUUUUAAACUAUUUCUUCCUCGUGUAUCGGAGCGAAAUGGUCCGAUUUGCUGCUAUAAAAUCUAUCUGACACGAUUGGAUCAUCGGAAUGGAUCGCUGCCGGAUCCAGAGAAUCUAAUGGUGACCAGUUACGCCGAUGUACACUCUAUCAACAACACUCACGGGGGAACGUACCUCGCGGAAAUAUUCUCCAGUCUGAACUACAGCUCCGAGGUGUUCCUUGGUGAUGGGAAAAACAACGAGUAUCACGAUUUGGCGUUCUGUCCGCAGUGUUUGCAUAAAACGAGAUUUCUUCACAAUGAGAAACCCAGUGCCAUUAAUAAUAAAGAUGAUGAAGACGGUCCGGUACAUAAUUCUACUACCACCACUACAGCCAACCCAUCUCGCACCGGUAACGAAGCUGUACCGGUAGAGGACCAAUUGAAGUUAUCUAGUCACGAUAAGCGAGAGAUCAGCGAUUACAGCUACUACGACAGUGGUGGAACGCAAUUCGAGACGGUUUACGAUGGUAUUCUGGACCCCUCUAGUAACUACACCGGGUUCGUUGAGGUUGUAGUUCUUUCAGUAAAAUCCGACAGCGACCAGGGAGAUCGUUACAUCUCCACCUUCAGCGAGUACUUCCAAGAGAUGAAUGCAGGAGCCCCGUUGGCCAGUGACCUGAAUGGAAGAGACCUCUCCUUCAUACUCAACAUUGUCAUCCAAGUUCUAUGCGGACUGAUACUGAUUGUCCUACUAGUUUUGCUCUCGCUGUGCUUACUCCACAAACACUUCAGCAAAACGAUUGCCCAGGAGGGCGAAACCAUUAGCUUAGGGGAUUCCCUACGACGAGCUCUUUGCCACGGACGCAACAAUAAUGCCCAUCAUCGGCACCUGCUAGGUUCGAACAGUGUCAAACCACCCGUCAUUCCGCCGAUUUCAAAAGAAGAUUUAUCGAAAUCCUACUUCGACAAGCACAAGGAUUCCGACUAUGGUUUUCAGCAUGAGUUUGAACUUUUGCCGGAUAAGUUUGCCGACCGGACGACGAAGAAUUCCGAUUUGAAAGAGAACAUUCACAAGAAUCGCUACCCGGAUAUAAAGUCUUACGAUCAAACGCGCGUAAAGCUGUCGACGAUGAACGGACUGUCCGGGUCGGAUUAUAUCAAUGCGAAUUUCGUCAUUGGUUACAAGGAGCGUAAGAAGUUUAUCUGCGCGCAGGGACCAAUGGAUAGCACUAUUGUGGAUUUCUGGCGUAUGAUUUGGGAGCAGCAUUUGGAGAUUAUUGUGAUGCUGACCAACCUGGAGGAGUACAAUAAAACGAAGUGCGCCAAAUAUUGGCCGGAGAAUAUCAACGAUUCUACCCAGUACGGAGACAUUAUGAUAACGUUCAUGUCGGAUAACUAUUACGCGGAUUAUAUCAUUAGGAAUUUGAAGGUCACGAAACGAAACGUCAAUUCAGCCGGCGAAGAAGUCGAAGAGACACGAUUCAUUUCCCAGUACCAUUAUCUCACCUGGAAGGAUUUCAUGGCUCCUGAGCACCCACAGGGCAUCACCAAAUUCAUCAAGCGCAUCAACUCCGAAUACUCAUUACAGCGUGGGCCAAUACUAGUUCACUGCAGUGCCGGUGUCGGCCGGACGGGUACGUUCGUAGCGUUGGAUACCCUAACGCAGCAGCUGAACGAGGAGGGUCAAGUGUCCAUUUUCAACACAAUUUGUGAUAUGCGAUAUCAAAGAAAUUUUCUCGUACAGUCAUUGAAACAAUACAUAUUUUUAUAUCGAGCCCUCACCGAAUUAGCGUACUUUGGAGACACCGAAAUUGACCAAAAAUCAUUAGCCACAGCAGUAGACAGUUUGAAACAGCCAUCAGCGGAUAAUCCGGAUAUUUGCAAGUUGGAAGCACAAUACCAGCGAAUCAAAACCUUCCAAGAGGAUACUCGAAGGACGACUGCCAUCGGUGGAAGUGAGGACAAUAAGCCGAAAAACCGUUCCGACACGUGUGCUCCUUACGACAAGAAUCGGGUAAUAUUGGCCCCGAUUCCUGGUCAUGACAAUUGCACCUACAUCAACGCGUCGUUCAUCGAUGGGUACGACGACGAGAAUAAUUUUAUCAUAACGCAGGACCCGAUGGAGAACACUAUUUUCGACUUUUGGCGAAUGAUAUUCGAGCAGCGAAUAAAGACGAUAGUGAUGUUCUCGGAGAUUGGAGAUGGGCCCAACAAAUGCCCUCGGUACUGGGCCGACGAGGAGAUGCAGUACGAGAAUUUGCUGGUCACGUACAUCCAAAGCGAGAGUGGUCCGUACUAUACGAAGCGGGAGUUUACGGUGACCAACUGCAAAUCGAAGGACACCAUUCAGGUAACACAGUUCCAGUACAACGGGUGGCCGACGGUUGAAGGUGAAGUGCCCGAGGUCACCCGAGGUAUGAUUGAAAUAGUCAACCAGGCGCAAAAGCAUAGCUCCCAGCAGGAGGAUAUGUUCACGAUUGCCGUUCACUGCAGUUUGGGAACAGAUAAAAGUUCCCUUUUUGUUGCCAUGUGCAUACUAGUUAUGCAACUCAAAACCGAAAAACGAAUCGAUAUUUGUUCGGUUGUGAGAAAGCUUCGAGCACAACGUAGUUUAAUGAUUGAAACAUAUGCACAAUACGAAUUUUUGCAUAGGGCUAUUGUAAAUUUUGCUGACUUAUACAAAAUUUCGUUAGGCAUAGCUUCCGACUGUUGAUAAGCUGAUAUAGUGAUAAACAAACUCAACAAAAAAAACCAACAACAACAUACUAAGGUUACAUACGUCGCGAAUCUCAACCCUAAGAUAAUCUUUACACGACACAACAACAAACAACACUUGUUUACAAGGAUAAUUUCGCCGCUAGCAAAUGACUCGAUUUGCUUGCAGACAGCGCUGCGCUUCAAGUGUGUACGCGCUUGCAUGUAUGUAAUUAUUAGCUUAUUUUUAAGUAAAACAAAAAAAAUCUAGUGCAUGGGUCGGGUCAACCACCACUCUCCGUAAACAAAACGAAUCAAACGAGACGCGCCGGACGGACAAUGAGAUUAGUCUAUCAAGCAACCAUUCUCUGUAGUUUAAGAGAGCAAAGAUUUGUUUUUAAUUCUAAUUUUAAACCUAACAUGAAAAGCUACAUUCUUUUAGCAAUAGAAACAAAAAAAAAAACAAUCUUCCCAACUUCUUUCGCUUAGCAAACAAAAACUCUGGAAACUUGUCAUGUUUAGUUGUUGAGACAUCCUAACAAAAAAUAGUUAUCAUAAAACCAUCAACUACUGGAGGAAAAGCAGGUACUUUUUAUACUAACCCAGAUAGUAGACCGGAAGGAAUAGAGUCCUUACCCUCCCUCCGCAAAAGCUAUAGAAAUAGUCAAACGAACGUUGAGGACGUCACACUUGACUAGUAGCAGAUCAAAACGGAAAAAGACAACAAAUGAAAGAAGGUAAUCAAGAGCGAACAGCAACAAAAGAGUGUGAUCAAAAAAAAAAGUGUAGAAAAUUGCGGAUGGCGAAACGUUAGGAGCUAAUAUUAAAAAAAAAAACUAGUUAUUUUUCAUGUUGAAAAAUGCAACAGGGGUAAAACGCGGAAGCCCAAAUUAUAAGAGAGAAAUAAAACAAUAUGACACUAAACAUAAGGCAGAAGAUGCAAAAUAUACCUCUAUCUGUGUGUAAAAGUCAAUAACUAUAAAGGUAUCUGUACCAGUAUGAUAUUUCUAUGAGUAACAAAUUACAUGCAGAAAACGAAACAAAACAAAACACUGUUAGGUGAACGGUGAAAGUGCAUGCAGAAACGAAACAGUUGAGCGAACCAUAGGGGAAACCAGUUUGUACUGAAACUACAAUUUACUACACACUAUAAUGUUUGUAUUUAUCAAAACAAAAAAAAAACAAAUCUAUCGACAAUGAUAAGUGAAGAUUAAACUUGUGUAUAAAAUGA